GUUUGGCCUCACCCGCCCGUGGCCGUGCCCUUCCAAGCAGCCGAAGCUCCCCCGCUAUAUAACGGCGGCGGCAUCGUGCACUGCUCUGGCGUCACUCGAUCAUCCACAAAGCACAAGCUGUCACAAACUCGAAACCACACUUAGCUAUCAGUGAUGAUAAGAAAGUACGGUGGUGCCAUGGCUCCUCUUCUUGGCGCUUGCUGCAUCCUGCUCGCCGUCGUCAUGCUCGUGGCCGCGGCGCCGUCCGCGCGCGCCGACGACGAGCCGAGCGGGAGCGGGGCGCGCAUCCGGAAGCCGAGCGGCGAGUGGCGCGGGAGGAAGGUGGGGGCGAGGACGGAGGUGCGGGACGUGGAGGGGGACGAGGAGGUGCAGGAGCUCGGCCGGUUCUCCGUCGCCGAGUACAACCGGCGGCGCGUCGGCGGCGGCGGCAGGCUCGAGUUCGCCAGGGUGGUCGCGGCGCAGCGGCAGGUGGUGUCGGGGCUCAAGUACUACCUCCGCGUCGCCGCGGAGGAGGAGGGUGGCGCGGAGAACGCCGGCAGCGGCGAGGGCGAGCGCGUGUUCGACGCCGUCGUCGUCGUCAAGCCCUGGCUCGAGUCGCGCACCCUGCUCAGGUUCGCGCCGGCUGCCCCGAAGUAGGUGUGGCGGCACCGAUCGAGAGUGUGUGCGUCUGUGACUUUGGCCGGUCUGCUUUCUCGCAGACUUUGGUGAGCGAAUAAAAGUCUUGUUUUUGUAAGGGUAGCAGAGAGUGAAGACCACAAUAACUUUGCGCUGCCGUAGAUGGUCUGAGUCUGAAGGCUAUUGUACAGAGAGAUGAGAGUGACAAUAAAAUGCUGUUCUGAAUCAGAAUUGUAUC